UAGAAAAGAAACAAACCUGUCUGGUCUUUUCGAAUGUGAUUCUUCGUUCGUUGUUGAUGAUGAUGAGGCUGGUUCAAGUAUCUUCUACUGAAUCCAUUUCUUCUAUUUCAUCUUCCUCGGCUCGGAAUGGUGGUGGUGGAGUUCUCUACUUGAAGCGUGUUUCUGUCUGCGGUUUCUGUAGUGUCUUGAAGCCAAAUAAAGUUGCUUUCAGUAGCAUGAUUCGUUCAACUUUGAGGACUUGCUCAGUUUCUGGGUUCCACACUCUUUGUCCCAAGUCAAGCGGUUCUGUUGUUUCGAAAAAGAGGUUUUGUUCCACUGCCUCACCACUCAUCACUGAAACUACUUCACCCUUUGGUCAUCCCCGUUCUUCAGUAAUUGUGUCAAGCCUUCUCUCCCCAUCAGAUGUCCCUCAGAAAUCGGAAGAAUGGUUCGCUUUGCGGAAAGAUAAGUUAACCACAAGUACAUUCAGUACAGCGCUCGGUUUUUGGAAAGGAACCCGACGUGCCGAGCUCUGGCAUGAAAAGGUAUAUGACUCAGAUUUACGAGUAUUUGAGGAAUCUGCACAGUUUGCUAUGAACUGGGGUGUACAGAUGGAACCAGCUGCAAUAGAGAGGUACAAGCGAAUCAUGGGUUGUGAGGUCGGUUCAAUGGGGUUUGCUAUUCACUCCAACGAGCAGUUUCACUGGCUUGGCGCAUCCCCGGAUGGAAUUCUUGAUUGCUUUGGUAUCCUAGAAGUGAAAUGCCCAUAUAACAAAGGGAAAACCGAAACUGUGUUACCGUGGAAAAAAGUUCCCUACUAUUACAUGCCUCAGCUGCAGGGUCAGAUGGAGAUAAUGGACCGGGAAUGGGUAAACUUGUACUGCUGGACACGAAAUGGAAGCACGGUUUUCCGUGUGAUGAGAGACCGAAGCUAUUGGAGUAUCAUACAUGAUGUACUAAGGGAGUUCUGGUGGGAGAAUGUCGUUCCUGCUAGGGAGGCUUUGUUGUUAGGGAAAGAGGAUGAGGAGGUGAAAAAGUAUGAGCCAACAUCUACGCAUAAGCGAACCGGGCUUGCCAUAGCUAAAAGCAUAAAUUUGGCUGCGGAAUCAAAACUAGUAUGCAGAGAAAUUGCUGAUCACGUCGAGUUCUUUUAGAUGAAUAUGAGAAUCUCCUAAAUCUUUUGAAUUAUUUAAUCGAUGAUUCAUCUUAUUAGAUCACAUUGUUAUACUUGUGAAACUGGUUAAAUGACGUAAUACUCUUUGAUCAGAUUUCUAGACUAUCUGGAGAUCAGCGGUUCCUAUCGCCUGUAAAUUAAUUUGAUGUGAAUUGUUUCGUUCA